AUGCUGAUGUCGUCCAGGUUGAUCGGCUCCGCCGCUAGCUCUGGCGCCCAAGCCGCCGCGGACUUGGCUGCGUCGGUGCAGCUGGUGUCGCUGGUGUCGCAGCAUGUGCGCAAGCCAGGUUUACGCAUGCCAGCCAUGCGCUCGCCAGCCACGCGUGCCUUUAUGAUCUGUGCCAAUGCCAGCGUCUUGCAUGACCACGCCAGCGCGCAACAAGACGGAGCCGCGGCUGCCGACGCGCCCCCGCCGGCGCCGCGACCGCCCAAGCGCCGCGGCCGCCCACGCAAGCAGCCCGAAGCGGCGGCGGCGGAGGCAGCUGCGCCGGCGGCGGCGCCGUCGCAGCCACCUCCCCAGCCGCCGCCGCCGCCGCCGCCUUCAGUGACACCCACGACCGCGUUCCUGGAGGUCGCCGCCGCCCUGGGCCUCUCCCCCAGCCAGCGCGCCGCCGCGGCCCACGUCCGCGCGUGGGCCCUCGCGGCGCCCGCCGCCGCCGCCGCCGCCGCCGUCGGCGGGCGCGGACCGGCGCUGGAGGCGCGGCGCCUGCACGCUUAUGAGCCUCUGCUGGCGGCCCCUCGCCUGACGAGGUCGGCACUCAACCUCUGGAUGCAGCAGGAGCUGACAAGCAAGGACGCAGCCCGCAGCGGCGUUGCGGCGCUGUGCCUCUCCGGGCCCUACCUGCCCUCACAAUUGGACACCCUGCGCGCGGCCGCGCGCAGCCUGCAGCUGCUCGCCGGCUUCCGACUGGGCUCGGCCGGCAUCACCACAGUCAUCACCCACGCCGCUCCUGCAGCUGCAAGCUCUGGCGGCGCCGACGCCGCGGCCACGGGGGAAGGCGGGGGUGAGGCGCCGGGCGACGGCGUCGCCGAGGCGGCCGCGGCCGAGCUCUUCGGCCCGCGCCUGCCAAAGCACGCCCUCGCGGCCGCCGCCGCCGCGGAGGCGGCGCUUGGGCUGCGGCUGUUCUCGUCCGCCACCAAGUCGGCCUGGAACGAGCUGCUGGCGCGGAUGGGCCGGUCGAAGCAGCCGCCGCGCGACGUGGCGGCGGUCGUCCUGCCCGGCUUCCUGUCUGGAAAUGAGGCGCGGGAGCUAAUUGAGGCGGCGGCGCACUACGGCCUGCGCAGCGCGGUGGUUGAUGAUGCAGGCGGCCGCGGCGGCGAGGGAGGAGGAGGAGCGGGAGGGGUGGUGGCGGAGGGGCCGGACGGCGGCGCGCUGGGGGUCCUGGUGAUCUGUCGGCCCGAGUUGGGGGAUCCGGGGCAGCUGGAGCUGGGGCCAAGCGACUACGUGGGGAGCCCGGGGUUCGAGUCGGCGGGGCGGCGGCAGCAAAAGCAGCAGCAGCAGCAGCAGCAGCAGCAGCAGCAGCAAAAGGAGCAGCAGGAGACGAAGCAGCAGCAGCAGAAGGAGCAGCAGGAGAAAAAGCAGCAGCAGGAAACGCAGCAGCAGCAGCAGAAGCAGCAGCAGAAGGAGCAGCAGGAGAAGAAGCAGCAGCUGCAGAAGGAGCAGCAGCAGAAAAAGCAGCAGCAGGAGAAGCAGCAGCAGCAGCAGCAGCAGCAGCAGCAGCAGCAGCAGCAGCAGCAGCCAGCAGUGGUGCAGGGCGAGAAGGGGCACGCGAAGGCUCCCGCAGCGACCGGCGCCGCGGAGCGCGGGCGUCGCGGGCGCGUCAGCGAGGCGGCAGCACCGAGCAAGCCCCGGCGGGGCACGACGCUGCCCCCGGUCCUGCUGCCGCAGCACGGGCUGCCGCGGCGACAAACGCAGGUUGACGGCAAGGCGCCAGCGCACCCACCAGGCGCCGUGUCGGAGGAUGCGGGUCACGGCGAGGGGGGCGGCUCGGGUCGCAGCCGGGGCCGCCGGCGCCGCCUUUUCGACCCGCUCACAGAUGACGAGGAUUAG